AUGAAAGGGCAAACGCGGUUUGAAGUGAAAGGUAAAUUGGCGCCGAGAUAUGUUGGGCCAUAUGAGAUUCUUGAGAAGAUCAACCUGGUGACGUAUCAGGUAGCCUUACCUCCGGUCAUGGAACAUAUGUACAAUGUUUUUCAUGUUUCUAUGCUUCGGGAUUAUUUGAGAGACCCAUUACAUGUAAUUGAGCCGACCCAUGUGCUUUUGAAAGAUGAUUUUACAUACGAAGAGAGGCCAAUUCAGAUUGUGAAUCGCCGGAUCAAAAGAUUGAGAAACAAAGAAAUACUGUUGGUAAAAAUUGAUUGGCAAAACCACGAAGGAACUUAUGCUCAAUGGGAAACAGAAGAAGAUAUGAUGAAGAUAUAUCCAGAUUUGUUUCCAUUGGACCCAAUAUUCUUCCAAAAUAAAGGUCACACGCCGCAAGUUAUCUGA